AUGGAUAAUAAUUAUAAUAAUCUAAACUUUAUUGAUGAUGGUGAUUUACGACCGCAAACAACUGAUUCUCAAACAAAUGUUUACGAUAAUAACAAUGAUUGUCCCAUGAUGACCAAUACAUCUGCAAACGCUACUGCGUCUUCGCAUUCUUACCCUAUCACCUCAUCAGAUUCCCCACGUCCCUUACCGCAACAACAAAUUCAACAACCUGUUUAUCAACAAAAUAUUGAAAAUAACAUUCAACAACCAUUCUCCAAUAUUACUCAGCCUAUUCCUCAGAAUGUACCGCAUUACAUUCAAAAUAAUUAUUUACCGUUCAAUCCUCCUCAAAUUAACCAUUCUGGAAUUAUUCCGUUGGAAUUUCCCGGGAUCAAAAUUAUCAUUAUACCUACUUUUCCUCCAAUGACUAAUUCUUCUCAAAUUAAUCAUCCCGGAAUCUUUACAAUUGACAUUCCUGGAUCCAAAGUUAUAAUUAUCACACUUUGA